CUUCUCGGGGCCGUCAGCCAUCCACCCGCGCCACCUCGCCCUCCGGUCUACGAGGCAAGACGCCAUGCGACUCGCGCUACUGAUCAUCAGCGCCGCCAUCGUCGCCGCGGCCACCGCCGGCUGUCCGUCCGAAGACUGGCAGCAGCUGUUCGACCUCUGCUACUGGAGGUCGCCCUUCACCAUGCCCUGGACGUCUGUGGCGACUGCGUGCGGAGCGCUGUUCCCGGGCGCCACCGCGGCGAUCAGGAUCGACUACACCAUCAACUCGUUCCUGGCUGACCGGGUGAUGGGCGGGGAGAUGGCGUGGAUCGGCCUCUGCUGCGAGGGAGAGUGCCCCACAGAUCAGGCAGGCGGAGUGGUUGGCUUCUCCUGGCUGGACGGAUCACCGUUGGAAUGGUCACUUUGGGAAAAGCAUAGCGCCAACCAUGGUGAGGGUAAUCGAUGCACCUACAUAAACUCGGAUCCCUAUGGCGGCCAGUGGAAUGCCCAAGUGUACGAUGAUCCUGCAUACCCAGUGCUGUGUCAGAUCAGUGCCACCUAACGACACACAAGAGAAACGCUUUCACCGCGACAGACGCAAAAGAAAUGGAAAGCGAUGACUCAUGAGCUGCUAGGCUGACGAGUUGAUAAAUGAUUGGGUUCUAAACUCUUACGAGUAGAUGGUAUCAUUUUUGGACUUCUUUGUAUCACUGGUUACGAUGAUUUAUUAAUAUAAUUCCCGCCAAAGUCAGACUCUGUUUUCAUCAUGCCUGGGGUCUUGCGCCACUAAUGCUCCGGUAUCUAAAAGCCUGAUUUAUCCAUUACGAACAUCGGUACUAUAAUAAACCGGAUACCUUUGGGACUAUUUAUUCAGACUGCCCACCGGGGGAGCGGUAAGUUUCGGUCUUUUUUAUCUUCGAAUCACUGAUUUUUCGCUUACUUGUUGUGCGUCGACAACAGGGCCAUGAUUAUCUUCAAAUCUCAAAUGGUAUUCAAUAGCUUCUUGAUAAAUAUUUCAGGUAGGUCAGUUUCAUUGAUCACCAUGGAAUGAUGAGUAUCUUCCCUAGAAAUUUUCUCUAUAUCGAGGCUAGACAGACCGACUAUCCUCUGCUGAGGGUCACGUCUUCCGCCAUCCGAAGGCGUGUCCUUCAUCACACGCGUGCCGCAGCCGUCCGCUCGGCCGGCUGGUCCGCCCCGGCCCCGGAGAGCACCGCCAUAAAGAGCGCGGAGCCGCCCGCCGGCCAGUAGUGGCAGACCAGUCGUCGCCAUGGCCGGGACUCUGCCGACGCGUCUGGUGGCGCGCGCUGCGCUGCUCGCUGUCCUCGCGAGCGCCGGCCGGGCGGUGACUCCGGGCGCAGCCGUGGAGGGGUCUGGUACUGGGCCGGCGGCCCCGGGCGUGGUCAUGGAGGGGUCCGGAACGGGGCCGGCGACACUGCUGGCAGCCGACGCCGGACCGACAGCCGCACAGACGUCAGAGCGGGCCGCCUGCCCGGCGGUGCGUUUCGCCUCCCUGCUGCAGUGCGCUGCGCGGGACCGGUGUCGAUCGGACUCGCACUGCCCCGCCGGUCUACUGUGCUGUCCGGGUGCGUGCGGCCGCCGCUGCCGGUGCCCGCGGGCAGUCUGCUCGCCGGACUGCGGCGCCGGAGAGCGGUGUAUCUGGCGGCGCCGGUGCACCGGCCGCCGCCUCUGCCGGCCGCGCGCAGUGUGCGUGCCGGAGCCGGCCACACCCGUCUGCCAGCCGCCGUGCGGUGCCGGGCUCGGCUGCCGCCGUCGGCCGUGGCCUCUGAGUGGAGGUGUCUGCGCACCGCUCGACCUCCGCGAGAUUCUGGAGGACGCCGUUCAGCACGACGAGCGCGACGACUGCUACGAAAACGACGACGAUGAGGAUGAUCUGUUCGACGACGAUCUGUUCGAGGCGUCCGUCCGUUACCGACCGCAGCAGGCCGCAGCGCCGACCGUCUCCAACAACAGGGUCUUCGCAGUGUUCGGGCGGAAACCUGUCGCGAGCUGGCCCGGUGUAAUAUUCCGAUACGACGACGACGACGAUGACGAUGACGAUGAUGAUGAUUAUGAUGACGACGAUGACCAUGCUGGAUUCGAUUAUGACGAUCUGUUCGAUUUUGAUAAAUAGGUUGGGUUUCAGCCACUAGGAAACCAACGCACAGCACGAGCCCAUCACAGGGAAAUGUGCCCAGAAUCGGCGACAUUACGCAGCAAAAGAAGCACCCACGCGAGCGCGCCUGUCACCAAAAUGUCACUGCAUUGUGUUACUCAGGGUUGCACUCAGGAAGACAUGCUCAGAGGCUAUCUCGGGGCUUCACUCAGGUACAGACAUAUGCAGAGGCUGUCUUGGGGUCGACCACGGGCGUGUUUCCACGGUGACACGUUACAGGUCACUAUCAGCUCUCGAUUUAUUUCUACAUUCCAGUAUUUAUUAUAUGUUGAAUAUGCGCUGACUUGUUGUAAUGUGUCCGUAUCUCACAGCAUCCGUCAUCAAUAAACCGUCUACUGAC